ACGGGUCGCACACCAGACACCGCCACUGAACGCCACCGUCGUCGUACCGCUCGUCAACGAACAGUACGAACAGUACGUCGGCGGAACGUCCGCGUUCGCAUACGUUCGCACAUCCCUCAGUUUCGAUCUCGACCGCGCUUGUCCGAGCUCAGUUGGCGAUCCCGCGAUCAACGUAGCGUACACGUGAAUCACGCGCGAUAUGUUGCGUUGCCGAGAAACUUGCGCGUGGCUGCCGGCGGUCGUCGCACUCGCAGCGUUCGCCGCGUGUACGUCCACCACCUCGGACGUCCGGCGGUACGAACCGGACUGGACCAGCUUGGACGCUAGGCCGCUGCCCGCGUGGUACGACCAGGCGAAGUUCGGAGUGUUCAUCCACUGGGGCGUGUAUUCGGUACCGGCGUUCGGCGGUGAAUGGUUUUGGAUGAACUGGAGAGGCAGGAAAGGAGCAUCUUACGUAAAUUUCAUGACGAAAAACUACAGGCCAGGUUUUACGUACCAAGAGUUCGGUCCUCAGUUCACUGCGGAGUUCUUCGACCCUAUGCAAUGGGCUAGCAUAAUCAAAGACUCCGGGGCAAAGUACGUAGUACUGACCACUAAACACCACGAAGGAUACACGAUGUGGCCGUCAAAAAGAGCGUUUGGAUGGAACUCCGUAGACGUCGGACCACACAGAGAUCUAGUAGGAGAACUGAGCAGAGCCGUGAGAAGUUUAAACUCAACUAGGUUUGGUGUUUACCAUUCGUUAUACGAGUGGUUUAACCCGCUUUGGAUGCAAGACAAACAGUCCAAUCUAACUACCCGUACUUUUGUGACCGAGAAAGUUCUGCCGGAACUUUACGAAUUGGUGAACAAUUAUAAGCCAGAAGUCAUAUGGUCGGAUGGCGAAUGGGAAGCACCAGCCACUUAUUGGGAUUCGUUGAAUUUUCUCGCUUGGUUGUACAACGAUAGCCCCGUGAAAGACACAAUCGUUGUGAACGACCGUUGGGGAGGUGAUACGCUAUGUAAGCAUGGUGGAUUUUUGACAUGUGCAGACAGGUUUCAACCAGGAAAGGUAGUUGGCAGAAAAUGGGAAAACGCUAUGACGAUCGAUAAGUAUUCGUGGGGCUACAGAAAAAAUGCUCGAGCAUUAGAUGUGUACACCAUUCAAAAUCUAAUCGCCCAGUUGGUGGAAACAGUUAGCUUUGGAGGUAAUCUGUUAUUAAACAUAAGCCCAACUAGUGAUGGCAUGAUUCCGCCAUUGCAUGAAGAACGCUUAUUACAGAUCGGCCAAUGGUUAUCCGUUAACGGUGAAUCGAUUUACAACAGCACACCAUGGCCAAAGUGUCAAAAUGAUACGCAAAACUCUCACUUAUGGUACACUCAAGGGUACGUUUCUACGAUAAUUUAUCCAAUAGUUUUGCAAUGGCCCGAGGAUAAUUUACUGAGCUCUGCAUGCUUGGACAAAUUGAAAAUUGCGUCCAUUGUUAUGUUGGAUACACAAAAAGAACUCAAGUGGAGUCAAAAGCCAGAAGGUGGUUUAAUAAUUAAACUCGAAGAUAAAUCAAUUAUCAAAUCAAUGUGGGGUUGGGCUUUGCGAGUGAUUUUGAAUCCUGAAAGUGCUUCUCAAAAAUAGUAUCCUAUUAUUAAUAUGUGAUAGUUAAAUAUCAUUCAUUAUUUCAUUAUUUGUCAUAGCACCUACGUAUAUUCGCAUAUUAUCGUAUAGAACAAUGUUUCCCAAGCUUUAUGCUAAGGCAGCCCAUAAAUGUCCUUUUGGUAGAACGUGUUUGGAGAUGAAUCUAAAAAAAAAAAAAAAAAAAUUAAUAUGGUUUAAUUUAAUAAAAUUAAUAAUCAUUUUAUUAUAAGGAAUUAUUAUAUACCUUGACGUAAUGCAGAAUAACUCAAUUCUGUUAAUUAUAAUUAUAUUUUGUUAGCUUAAAUAUUUUUCUUGUUAUUAAUGUGACUCAUCAAAAAUAUUUUGCAACCUUUAGUUUGGGAAAC